CUCCUCUCUCUUCUCUUAGCAGCACCCCAUUUGCCCACUCAUACUCAAGAUGGGCAGGAUGCCAGUCUGUUACAUUAAAUGUGCCAAAAGCCUGGCCUUGCCUGGAAAAUGGACCAAUCCGCCUGCCAAGAGGUUGGGUCUUGUUCCCUAGAGAGAGGGAAGUUUCCUUUCCCUUGCAGUGAGAGCUAGAAUCGCAUUUUCUCCCAAGCUGAAAGACUCUUUUUCUACAGGCAAAAGGACAAGAAAAUCUGAUUUGCUUGCUUCUAACUUUGCGUUUUAAAGGGGGAAGGAGGAAAGGGAAAAGAGGGAGGGUAGUUCUGCUCAGCCCCACCCCUCCGGCUGCCCAGAGUCCAGCCGUCCAUUCCGGUGGUGGUAGAGGCAGUCCUGGGGCUCUGGGGCUCCGGCUCUGCUACUGGGACUCGCAGGAGCCAGAACCACUCAGCGCCGCCACGAAAGGAGCCCGGCCAGGAAGAACAUGUUAGCCGUGCACUUUGACAAGCCGGGUGGACCAGAAAACCUUUACGUGAAGGAGGUGGACAAGCCGAGCCCGGGGGAGGGUGAAAUCCUCCUGAAAGUGGCGGCCAGCGCCUUGAACCGGGCGGACUUAAUGCAGAGACAAGGCCAAUAUGACCCACCUCCAGGAGCCAGCAAUAUUUUGGGACUCGAGGCAUCUGGACAUGUGGCAGAGCUGGGGCCCGGCUGCCAGGGACACUGGAAGAUCGGGGAUGCAGCCAUGGCUCUACUGCCUGGUGGAGGCCAGGCUCAGUAUGUCACUGUCCCUGAGGGGCUCCUCAUGCCUAUCCCAGAGGGACUGACCCUGCUCCAGGCUGCAGCCAUCCCAGAGGCCUGGCUCACUGCCUUCCAGCUGUUACAUUUUGUGGGAAACGUUCAGGCUGGACACCAUGUGCUAAUCCAUGCAGGACUGAGUGGUGUGGGCACAGCUGCGAUCCAACUCACCCGGAUGGCUGGAGCCAUUCCUCUGGUCACAGCUGGCUCCCAGCAGAAGCUUCAAAUGGCAGAAAAGCUCGGAGCAGCUGCUGGAUUCAAUUACAAAGAAGAGGAUUUCUCUGACGCAACGCUGAAAUUCACCAAAGGUGCUGGAGUUAAUCUUAUUCUAGACUGCAUAGGCGGAUCCUACUGGGAGAAGAAUGUCAACUGCCUGGCUCUUGAUGGUCGCUGGGUUCUCUAUGGUCUGAUAGGAGGAGCUGACAUCAAUGGGCCCCUGUUAUCAAAGCUACUUUUUAAGCGAGGAAGUCUGAUCACCAGUUUGCUGAGAUCUAGGGACAAUAAGUACAAGCAAAUGCUAGUGAAUGCUUUCACGGAGCAAAUUCUGCCCCACUUCUCCACGGAGGACCCCCAACGUCUACUGCCGGUUCUGGACAGGAUCUACCCAGUGACUGAAAUCCAGGAAGCCCAUAAGUACAUGGAGACCAACAAGAACAUUGGCAAGAUCGUCCUGGAACUGCCCCAGUGAAGGAGAAGGGGGCAGGACAGGAUUCGGCCACCCCAGCCCUUUCCAGAGCAAACCUGGAGUAGAUUUACAAUAGGCAGGCAAGAAACCGGGUGCUUCCCCCAGAGUCGUGUAAAGCUGGUCUAAGGAAAUAAAGAGUGGACUGG